CGAGCUCGGGCCCAUCAGGCUCGUCUCGAGAUUACGAGCCGGGCCGAGGCAGAUAUAGCUCGCGAGCUAGCUCGGCCCGUGCAGACCAUCAUGAUUAUGUACACGUACAUCUCUUAGUCAGCAUACCGAAAACAAUGACAUGUACAGCAUGGCGAUAUGUUUGUGUAAAGGUACUUGGUAGUCCGUAGUGUCGAUUAUUUUCAAAGUUUUUGAAAAAAAUUAAUUUCUUAAAUUCUAAGCGAGAUUUAGGUGUUUUUUUUUGGUAAUAAUUCAACAAGUACAUACCUACCUAAUGGAAGCAGUUUCAGCCAAAAAAAGAAAAACACGAUCAAGAAGCUCUUACCAAGCUAACAGAAGUGCGCCGCGGUUUGUUAAUUAUAUUACCACAGAAGCACGUUUCAAGUCCUUUGAAAAAUGGCCAAUACCAGAAAUUAAAACACCUCUAGAACUUGCUCAAGUUGGAUUCUUUUAUUCUGGUCACGAAGAUUUAGUACAGUGUUUUUCAUGUGGCGGUGGCCUUUCGAAUUGGAAAAAAUGCCUAGAUGCUACUUUCGAGCACGCUAAAUACUACCCUACAUGCGAUUACGUAAUUGAAAAAGAAGGCGAAGACUUUGUGAAGAAGGUGAAAAAAACAGUGAAAAAUCAAUACAUGAUGGAAGAAUCACGUUUGUCAUCGUUUGAUGAUUUUUGGCCCCAAUCAGCGAUUAAAACACCUAAACAACUCGCAAGAGCCGGAUUUUUCAACACAGGGGAUAACGACGAUGAAGUUCAAUGCUUCGAAUGCGGUUUAACGAUAAAGGACUGGAAAGUUGAUGAUGAUGUCUGGUUUAAACAUACUCAACAGAACCCAAAAUGUAUGUUUGUUUUCAAUGUAAAAGGUCCAGGAAUUACAUACAAAGCGCUUCAAGUUGAAUCGUCGAUGGAACAAACAUCUCGUGAUUGCGUUCGUGUGAACAGACUAAUUUUAAAAAUUCGCAGGUUGAUGAAACAACGAAGUCGAGAUCUAAACCAUCCCCAGCACGACAACUACAAAACUGUUGAACAGCGAAUGGAAUCUUUCAAAAAUUGGCCAAUUCCACAAAUAAAAAAACCAGAGGAGCUGGCUGAAGUUGGAUUUUUUUAUUCUGGAAAAAAAGGACGAGUAGUUUGUUUUCAUUGCAAUUUAGCACUUGGCGAUUGGGCAGCCACCGACGUAGCGAGCGAAGAACAUGCACAGUGGAAUCCUUUAUGCGCUUUUAUUCGUCAAGUCAAAGGUGAAUCGUUCGUUGAAGCGGCAAGAAAAAAGUUAAGCGAUUUUUAUUGGACUAUAGAAGCUCGUAAAAAAUCGUACAAAACUUGGCCAUAUUCAGCGUAUAAAGAUCCAGAAGAAUUAUACGAAGCUGGAUUUUUCUACAUGGGUAAGGCUUGUAAAGAUGCAGUGCAAUGUUUCGAUUGUGGCUUAUGGUUUACUGGCUGGGAAGUCUGCGACGACCCUUGGUUUAUACACGGAAUACUUAAUCCUUCUUGCAAAUUCUUACGCCGAAUGAGAGGUGAAACAUUUCUCAAUCAAGUAGAACAAGUUUUAGCUCCCAGAAAGAAAGCCAGCAAAAUAACUCGCAAUCUAGAUCAAUCCACAUGUAGACCAAAUGAAAAUAUUAUUCAAGAACUGAUGAAAUCUUCCGUCAUCCAAACAGUUUUAAAAGUCGGCUUCAAUGAAUCCAAAGUAAGACUGGCUAUACGAUAUUACUUGAAAUGCCCCGAAUCGUCCAGAACAGUUGAAAAAUUAUUUGCCAUGAUAAUGAUUGCUCAAAAAAAAGACAUCGAAGUAUUCACCUAUCUUCUAAACUUGAAAAAAGAAAACGAUCGAUGUGAAAAGGCAAAAAUUUGUAAGUUUUGCUCCAAACAAGGUCCAAUAUCGAUACUUGUGCCCUGUGCUCAUCUGCUCAGUUGCUGCCCCUGUGUUGCUAAGAAUUUGAAACGUUGCUUCGCUUGUAACGGGGAAAUCGAGCACAGAUUGGAAAUGUUUCCAAAGUAAUAAUAUUAUUUUGUUUUAAUCUAAACCAAUUUUUUUUAACGAAUUGUGAUAUUUGAAUCUUAUUAAGUAAAUAAAACUGACUUUACUCAGUC